AUAUAAUAAUAAAUCUAAUUGAAUCGUAAAUAAUAAAAAAAAAUCUAAUAAAAUCUAUAAAAUGAAUAUAUUUUUAUAUUUUAUAUUAUUUAAUAUAUAUACAAACACUUCCUACCAACGAUUCUUGGAAUGUCUACGAUUCUCCGCUUCCGCUUCCGCUCCCGCUCUCGCUCCCGCUCCUGCUUCGUGCAACUAAGGCACAAAGUGAUUGGCAUGAUGGUUUGUAUGCUUUGCUAACUUCCCUCAAGUUUAACAGGCUUUCCGCUUUUAACUCCUAAGAAUCUUUGUGAUGGUAUCAAGAAGGGAGCAAGGAUAAAGUCGAGCUUAAAUGAAAGAGGCAGAAGUCAAUGUGUCAAAGGCCUACAGCAUCUCUCCUUUUGUUCUUAAAAGGCAAUUCUAGAGCAAGGGGUUUCGAGCAAUGACUCACAAGAAACUUAAUAGUAAGAAAAACAAAAUGCUAUUUAUAUCGGCAACAGUGUGGCAUAUAUAAGAGAGACGAGUAGAGAGAGUACUGAUCUUUUAUUUUUGCACUGUCUUAUGGCGUUAGUGCUAUUUUUGCUACAUCUGGCAAUGUUGAAUUGGGUGGUACCUUCUUGUGUACAUUUAUAAGCAUUGAUUUUAGUGGCAUUGGUUCUAAUAUGAAGUUAUAGAUUUUUUGGAGAUGUGUACUUUGUGUGGUGUUUUAGGUGAUUUGGUUGGAGAGGAACUCUAGAGUCUUGAAGGAAAAAUCAGAAGAUAUCGGAGGCUUAUGGGAUAUGAUUUUCUAUUUGGCCUCUUUUUGGACUUGGGUGUCUCCUAGUUUCAAGGGGAUUCCUCCAUUUUUUAUUAGUAGAGAUUGGAGAGCUGCCGUAUGUGAUAUGUAAUUUAUUGGUUUUUCUCUAUUUUUGUGGUGGAGUUCCUGUACUCCUUGCAUUUUUUUUAUAACUGUAGAACUCAACUCUUUUUCUUUAAUAAAAUUGUCUUUAUUACUAAUCAAAAAAAUAAAAUAACGCUGCGAACUUUUAUCACUGACAGUUCUAUAGAUAAAAGGAUGGAGUGUAAUAAAUUUUUAGGGGCGCAAAUAUAGUUUAAUGCUCUGAAAUAUUGGAAUGCUAUUUUGAUUUAUAGUUUAGUGGUUCUACUAGAAUGACUGUUGUAAUGGUUUAGAUUAUGCAUAACAUGUGUUUUCUCCAACAAGUAUGAUAUUUGGAUAUGAGAAUCAGAUUACUCAUGAUGACUUCAAGGGAUUAUUCAAAUGUGUAAUUUAUUUAUUUUUUCUUUUUGAGUUGGCAACUGCGUAGUUUACCCCUACCAUUGUAAAGAAGGUCAGGACAUUAUUUUUUUUCCAGCAUCAAACAAUGUGUAUUCAGGUUAAAUAAUAAAUUGUUGAGUUCAAAAUUAUUACCAAAGGUUUUGAAAGAUUGGUAUAUAUUACUGUUGUUACAGAUAAUAUAGAGUAUACUGAUUGAUAUACAUGGACGAGUAUUCUGGUAAACGAGCUGUUGGUGGGCUUGUUAUCCCCAGGAAGGGAUCGGGUCUUGUUUCGAGAGAUACAGCUGAAAGUAGGGAUAAAGAUGCUGAAUUCUGCAACCGACUCGGAUGCAAUGGCAGACUUAAUCAUACCAGAAGUACCCAAAAUGGUUCUGAAAAAUUCAAAUCAUCAAGGCCUUCUUUCCAUGCUUCUACUGGCAAGCAGAUAAAUGGAAGUUCUACUAGAACUUGUUCUAUGGUAACCAACACAAGAAAAUUUCUUCAGGAAUCCCGGAAAAAGAUAUCUUCUCAAUUAGAAACAGAUUCAUGCGAAACAAGUAGUAGUAGUGUUCAGGAUGAGCCAGAAGUGUUGGAGCUUGAUAAUGCUGAGUCUAGCAAAGUUAGAUUGAUGGAAGUGGGGAGCUCUAGUAUAGCAUCAAAUAGUAAGCCUAGGAAUGUAUUUCGGCAGAAGUCUGUUUUAGGCACCCGAGAUACUCUGUUGGGUUCCUCUGUUCCCUUGGCAUGUAAAAGUACUUCCCAGGGGGCAAGAAAUGGUUUGAGAAAUCUUAGAUGCAACUCAACAUCUGAUGUUGUCCCUUCAGGUGGUUCAUCGUCUGAAUCAAAUCUCAAUCGAAGAAAGGAUAUGGUUAAAAAGAGAAAUCCUGAGGUAGAAAGUAGCUCCUCUGGUAGAGGUAAGAAGAUGAGUGGACCAUUGUCAGAAGACAGCCGUAGUUCAACAUCUAGCAAUGGCAUCUCUAUUUCUGAUUCAAGACGAACCAGAAACUGGCCUCCUGGUGGGAAUAAUGGUGUUGGAUCGGUUCGAACUCGGAGGUCAAUUAAUGGUAACACUAGGACUAGGGUUUGUAAUCAAGGAAAUGGAAACAGUUUGGCACCAAUGGAGCUUUGUAUUGGGACCUCACAGGUGGCUCCACCAGAAACAUCCAUUGGUUUGGAUGUUCCCAGUUCAUCACGUCAAUUUUCAGCUGAAGCUUCUUUAAGUCAUUCAACUUCUUGUAGGAGUCCAAUUGGUCCUUCAGAACUUGGCAUUACUCGUUCAUUAAUUAGUCGUGAUGGCUUUCAACGAUAUAACAUGGAUGGGAUUGCAGAGGUACUGUUGGCACUCGAGAGGAUUGAACAAGAUGAGGAGCUAACAAAUGAGCAAUUACUUGCCCUUGAGACAAAUUUAUUCCUUGGUGGCCUUGGUUUCUAUGAUCAACAUAGAGAUAUGAGACUGGACAUUGAUAACAUGUCAUAUGAGGAAUUAUUAGCUCUAGAAGAGAAGAUGGGUACUGUGAGCACAGCUCUAUCAAAAGAAGCACUAUUGAAAUGUCUUAAGAGAAGCAUCUAUCUGCCUACAUCUCCUGAGGAAGAAGCCAUGAGAUGCAGUGGGAAUGAAGAUAUCAAAUGCAGUAUUUGUCAGGUUUUGUUCCUAUGAAUAUAGACUACUAUGCUUUCUCAUUCUCAAAUGUCUUAAGGUUAGUUUUUUUGUU